CUUGGAGAUUAAAGGCUUUCAUCCAAACAGAAGCUCUUCUGCCUUUGAACUAUGAAGACUCUGGUGACUCUCGUACUUCUGAUCUGCUUCCUGCGUCACAGCUCUGACGCUCAGGAGGCAGCAUCAGCACCAAAGGAUGGAUGCUGUCAAGGCUACAGUCCAACACCUAUUCCUAAGAGACAAGUGAGACACGUGGGGAUGACCCCGAGUGACUGUCAUCUUAAAGCAGUUGUAAUCACAACUGUGUGUGAGAUCAAGGUUUGUGUUGAUCCUGAGUGGCAGUGGACGAAGAAUCUAUUGGCACGUUAUAAGAAGUCACUAUCCAAGUGUAGAAGAAAUGUUAAAAAGAAGUGAGAAUGCUGUUCCUUUGUGUAUCAUAAUUACAUGUAGAUUAUGUUCUUUAUGUACAUGUCUGUCUCCCACCUUAAACUGAUAAUUAACGAGAAUUAAUCAGUAACUUUGAAGGUUAAAACAUUUAAUACAACGUCUAUUAUAAUGUUCUGCUCUUUCAGCUCCCUAAAGCUGUUUAAUAUUAAUACAAAAAUAGGAAUAUAUAUAUAUAUAUGUACAGUAUAUAGGUAUAUAACAUGUUGAAUGCAAGAGUUGUAAGUAUUUCUACACUGAGAUAUUGCAAUUUUUACUUAAGUAAAAUAUCUCAAUACUUCUUCCACCACUGGAUUACAGACCCUGUGUUUUUGGUUGCCAUGUAAAUAUGUGAGCACAUGUUUGGAGAUUUCCAUAAUUAUGUUAAUGUUGAAUGUAAGUGAACCUCUGUGUUGAGCUCCAAGAAUAAAACCUGUUG